AUGGCUGCUACAGCAGCAAUUGAAUCUUUAUACAACAUCAAACUUAGAAAGGAAGAUGAAGAUUUGUUUCAGGGUUCGUCCCAACAACUAGUUGAUUGCAUUCAGCUCCACCCAAGGGUGCAAGAUGCUCAAGGAUGUUACACUUACAGCACCAACAAAGCAUUCAGUUGGAUUAUAAACAAUGGCGGAAUAGUGGUUCCCAGAAUCAAAAUUAAUUCAUUUAAGAGGAUAUACCACGACAGGGAUGACGUGGAUUCAGUACUUCUACACCAUCCGAUAACGGGAGUUAUACGAGCUACGUUGGAAUUCAAAAGUCUUGAAGAUGAAAUAUAUUACGGUCCUGAAGAUGUCAACACAUUGUUAGAUAUUAAUACUCCUUCACAUGCCGUGUUGGUUGUUGGAUUUGGGGAGCACAACGAGCAAAAAUAUUGGAUAAUAAAAAAUUCAUGGGGAGAACGGUGGAAAGACCAUGGUUAUGGAAAAAUUAGUCAAAACAUCGUCAAUACAAUACAAGGUUUUCAUGAGAAUCGGUCUGAAAGGGGGUUAGAAUUGAGAAAAACCGAGGAAAGGUCGAGUUUUGGGUUGACAUGGCCGGUUCAACUGAACCGGCCACGUCAUCGUCUUCUUCCUCCAGUCGGGAAGAAGACGCGGCCGGCUAUAGCGCCGCUGUCUGAAACUCGCCCUCCCCAGCUCCGAUCACGCUGUUUCUCCUCCUAA